GUCAGAGUCUAAGCGGACUCCUCAACAACCAUGGCAGAAGGCGGAGAAGGGGAAGAUGAAAUUCAGUUCUUAAGAACUGAUGAUGAAGUGGUGCUGCAGUGUGUCGCCAGCAUCCAGAAGGAGAACCGUAAGUUCUGCCUGUCAGCUGAGGGACUCGGCAAUCGAUUGUGCUUCCUGGAGCCCACCUCAGAAGCGAAGUAUGUACCUCCGGACCUGUGCAUCUGUAACUUUGUGCUGGAGCAGUCCCUCUCUGUCCGGGCCCUACAAGAGAUGCUGGCAAGCACGGGGUACAACAGCGAGGGGAGGUUCAUAAAGAAGGCGGCGCAGGGGGGCGGACACCGGACACUGCUGUACGGUCACGCCAUCCUCCUACGGCAUUCUUUCAGCGGAAUGUACCUGACCUGUUUGAAGACAUCACGGUCCUUGACAGACAAGCUGUCCUUUGAUGUAGGACUGCAGGAGGAUUCCACAGGUGAGGCCUGUUGGUGGACCAUUCAGCCCGCCUCUAAGCAAAGGUCAGAGGGAGAGAAGGUACGCAUUGGGGAUGACGUCAUCCUGGUCAGCGUGUCUUCUGAGAGGUACCUGCACCUGUCCAUGUCCAAUGGAAGCAUCCAGGUGGACGCCUCUUUCAUGCAGACACUGUGGAACGUCCAGCCCACCUGUUCAGGCAGCAAUGUGGCCGUGGGGUUCUUGCUUGGUGGUCAUGUGAUGCGUCUGUUUCAUGGACACGACGAAAGCCUCACCAUCCCAGGGUCAGGCCAGAGUGAAGAGGAGCAGAGAGUUGUGAACUAUGAGACUGGUAAAGGAGGUGGAAAGGCCAGGUCUUUAUGGAGGCUGGAGCCGCUCCGGAUCUGCUGGAGCGGGAGCCACAUUCGCUGGGGGCAGCCAUUCCGGCUCCGCCACCUCUCCACGGGUCACUACCUGGCUCUGACAGAGGACCAGGGCCUAGUGCUGCAGGACCGGGAGAAAUCAGACACGACCUCCACAUCGUUCUGCUUCAGACCCUCCAAGGAAAAGAUUGAGUCCAGUCCAAAGCGUGAUAUCGAAGGCAUGGGGGUGGCUGAGAUUAAGUAUGGAGACUCGAUCUGCUUUGUCAUGCACGUGGCCACAGGGCUGUGGCUGUCCUACCAGGCGCCUGAUGUAAAAUCCUCCCGGCUGGGGCCUCUCAAAAGGAGGGCCUGUCUCCAUUUGGAGGGCCACAUGGAUGACGGACUGACGCUGCAGCGAUGCCAGCACGAGGAGUCCCGGGCCGCCCGCAUCAUCCGCAACACCACCAGGCUCUUCAGCCAGUUCAUCAGAGAUCUGGACAGUCUGAGUGAUGAGAGCCCUCCUCCAGUGGCCCUGCCAUUUGAUGAGGUCCUGCAGACGCUGAACGAUCUCAUCACCUAUUUCCAGCUGCCUGAUGCAGACCUGGAGCAUGAGGAGAAACAGAGCCGACUGCGCUCACUGAUAAAGCGCCAGGACCUCUUCAAAGAGGAAGGGAUGCUGACUCUGCUGUCAAACUGCAUCGACCGCCUGAACGUGUACAACAGCGCGGCGCACUUUGGGGAGCACGCCGGCGAGGAGGCGAGGGGAGCGUGGAAGGACAUCCUCAACCUGCUCUACGAGCUGCUCGCUGCCUUGAUCCGUGGGAACAGGAACAACUGCACUGAGUUCUCCCACAACCUGGACUGGCUGGUCAGCAAGCUGGAGAGACUUGAGUCAUCCUCAGGGAUUCUUGAGGUUCUCCACUGCAUCUUGAUUGAAAGCCCAGAGGCGCUGAACAUCAUCCAGAAAGGACACAUUAAAUCCAUAAUUUCCCUGCUGUACAAACAUGGACGCAACUACAAGAUUCUGGAUGUGCUCUGUUCCCUGUGUGUUUGCAAUGGUGUGGCCGUGAGAGCCAAUCAGAACCUCAUCUGUGAUCACCUGCUCCCCAAGAGAGAUCUGCUUCUCCAGACGCGAUUGGUUAAUGAUGUCCAAAGCAUCAGGCCCAAUAUUUUCCUGGGUGUCUGUGAGGGCUCAGCCCAGUAUAAGAGGUGGUACUUUGAGCUGAUGGUCGAUCAGGUGGACCACUUUGUGACCAGCGAGCCUUCCCACUUGCGUGUGGGCUGGGCCUCCACCAAAGGGUAUGCCCCUUACCCGGGAGGUGGCGAGGGCUGGGGGGGCAACGGUGUGGGCGAUGACCUCUAUUCCUAUGGCUUUGAUGGACUUCAUCUCUGGUCAGGACGUGUCCCUCGGACGGUGGCCUCAAGUAACCAGCACCUGCUGACCUGUGAGGACGUGGUGAGCUGCUGCCUGGACCUGGGUGCCCCCAGCAUCUCCUUCCGUAUUAAUGGGCAGCCCGUGCAGGGCAUGUUUGAGAAUUUCAACACUGAUGGCUCCUUCUUCCCCGUUGUCAGCUUCUCUGCCGGCAUUAAGGUGCGUUUUCUGCUUGGCGGUCGUCACGGAGACUUCAAGUUCCUGCCACCUGCCGGCUAUGCUCCAUGCUAUGAGGCCCUGCUGCCCAAGGAGAGAAUGCGGUUGGAGCCGGUGAAGGAGUACAAGCGAGACCUGGAUGGAGUGAGAGAUCUGCUGGGCACCACUGAGCUGCUGUCCCAGGCCUCCUUCAUCCCCACGCCUGUGGAGACUAGCCACGUUGUCAUGCCUCCACACCUGGAGAACGUGCGGGAUAAACUAGCAGAGAACAUCCAUGAGCUCUGGGGUAUGAACAAAAUUGAACUGGGUUGGUCGUACGGAAAGGUGAGAGAUGACAACAAGAGGCAGCACCCCUGCCUUGUGGAUUUCUCCAAGCUGCCUGAUACAGAAAGGAAUUAUAACUCACAGAUGUCAACAGAAACUUUAAAGACGUUGCUGGCACUGGGGGGCCAUAUUGUGCAGGUCAACGUCAAUGCAGAAGAAGAGCUGAAAAAAAUUAAACUCCCCAAGAACUACGUGAUGUCAAAUGGUUAUAAACCUGCACCGCUGGAACUCUCGGAUGUCAAACUGACUCCAGGUCAGGAGGUUCUGGUUGAUAAACUCGCUGAGAAUGCCCACAACGUUUGGGCCAAAGACAGAAUUAAACAAGGAUGGACCUAUGGCAUUCUACAGGAUUUGAAGAACAGGCGCAAUCCUCGCCUGGUGCCAUAUGCUUUGUUAGACGAGCGCACUAAGAAGUCGAACCGAGACAGCCUCCGAGAGGCUAUCCGAACUUUGAUUGGGUAUGGAUACAACAUUGAACCCCCAGACCAAGAGAGUGGCCAGGUUGUGGAAAAACAAAGUAUUGAUAAAAUCCGCUUCUUCCGCGUGGAGGAAACCUAUGCGGUGAAAACAGGGAAGUGGUACUUUGAGUUUGAGGCCGUGACCGGGGGAGACAUGCGUGUGGGCUGGGCCCGGCCAGGCUGCAGGCCCGACAUCGAGCUGGGAAUGGACAACCAGGCCUACGUAUUUGACGGCUGUCGGGGCCGCCGAUUUCACAUCGGCAGUCGUUCCUUUGGGCGCAGCUGGCACAAGGGGGACGUGGUGGGCUGCAUGAUCAACAUGGAGGACAAGUCCAUGAUCUUCACCCUCAAUGGAGAGAUCCUCAUCGCCAACAAUGGCUCUGAGCUCUGCUUCACUGAUUUUGAGACGGAGGAUGGGUUCAUCCCUGUGUGCAGCCUGGGCCUGUCUCAGAUUGGACGCAUGAACCUGGGGAAGGACGCCAGCACCUUCAAGUACUACACCAUGUGUGGGCUUCAGGAGGGCUUUGAACCCUUCGCUGUCAACAUGAACCGCGAGGUCACCAUGUGGUUCAGCAAGCGCCUGCCGACCUUCGUCAAUGUUCCAAAGAACCACAGCCACAUCACGGUGACAAAAAUUGAUGGAAGUGUGGACAAUCCGCCGUGUCUCAAAGUCACCCACAAGACGUUUGGAACGCAGAGCAGCAACACCGACAUGGUGUUCUGCCGUUUGAGCAUGCCUGUGGAGUUCCAACCGGCCCUCAACAGCACCAGUGGCGUCUUAGUGGAUGGAGCCCAUGAUGACAAAUCCCUUAGCCUCAAACAGGGAGAGAAAAAUCUUGAUGAUGGAGCAAUAGAAUAUAACAACAUCACAACAUACUACCAUUCUGUGAGAGUGUUUGCUGGCCAAGACCCAUCCUGUGUGUGGGUUGGCUGGGUCACCCCUGACUACCACUAUCACACAAAACACUUCAACCUCAGCAAGAUCCGAACUGUCACUGUUACUCUGGGAGAUGAGCGUGGGCGUGUCCAUGAGAGUGUGCAGAGGAGUAACUGCUAUAUGGUUUGUGUGGGAGACAUCACCAACACCACCAACGCCUCCACCCACACGAACACGGAUCUGGAAAUCGGCUGCCUCAUUGACCUGGCUACUGGCCUGGUGUCCUUCACUGCCAAUGGCAAGGAGAUGGAAACAUUCCACCAGGUUGAACCCAGCACAAAGCUCUUCCCUGCUGUGUUUGUACGGCCUACCAGUCCCAAUUUGUUCCAGUUCGAGUUUUCAACGAUAAAGGGUGCCAUGCCCCUGUCGUCGGCCAUCUUUAAGAGCGAGCACAGGAACCCAGUGCCCCAGUGCCCGCCGCGCCUGGACGUGCAGACUCUGGUGUCGGUGCUGUGGAGCCGCAUGCCCAACACCUUCCUGUCGGUGGAGACGGCCCGGGUCAGCGAGCGGCACGGCUGGGUGGUGCAGUGCCUGGAGCCCCUGCAAAUGAUGGCUGUGCACAUCCCCGAGGAGAGCAGGUGUGUGGAUGUUCUAGAGCUCUCCGAGCAGGAGGACCUGAGGAAGUUCCACUACCACACGCUGAAGCUGUACUGCGCGAUCUGCGCCCUGGGAAACACCCGCGUGGCGCACGCCCUCUGCAGCCACCUGGACCAAUCCCAGCUCCUCUACACCAUCGACAACCAGUACCUGUCGGGCAUGCUCCGCGAGGGCUUCUACGACGUCCUCAUCAGCAUCCACCUGGAGACGGCCAAGGACGCGCGCCUCAUGAUGAACGAUGAGUUCAUCAUCCCGGUGACGGAGGAGACGCGCGGCGUGUGCCUCUUUUCUGACGAGUCCAAGACGCACUCGCUGCCGGGGGUGGGGCUCAGCACCUCGCUCAAGCCCCGCCUCAACUUCUCCCCGCCCUGCUUCGUCACGGCCAAGCGCCGGGCGCACCGCUACAGCCCGCAGAUCCCGCUGGACGUGCUGAAGGAGAAGGCCAUCAGCAUGCUGACGGAGGCGGUGCAGGGCGGCGGCUACCACAUCCGCGACCCCGUGGGCGGCAGCGCCGAGUUCCAGUUCGUGCCCAUCCUCAAGCUGAUCGCCACGCUGCUGAUCAUGGGCGUGCUCGGCGGCGAGGACGUGCGGCUGGUGCUGCUCCUCAUCGAGCCGCACGUCUUCGGCGGCGAACGGGAGGGAGGCCCCGAGGAGCCCGCCCCGAAGGAGGAGGUGACCAGUAACGAGGAGAAGGCCGUGGAGGCCGGGGAGGAGGAGGCUAAGGAGCCCAAGGCUCCGGUGAAGGGCCUGCUGGAGAAGAGGCUGCCCGAGUCCGUCAAACGGCAGAUAUGUGAGCUGCUGCAUUACUUCUGUGACUGCGAGCUGAGGCACCGCGUGGAGUCCAUCGUGUCCUUCUCAGACCACUUCGUAUCCAAGCUGCAGUUCAACCAGAAGUUCCGCUACAACGAGCUGAUGCAGGCCUUCAACAUGUCUGCCGCCGUCACUGCCAAAAAGACCAAAGAGUUCCGUUCCCCCCCUCAAGAGCAGAUCAACAUACUGCUGAACUUCAGUUUGGGGGAGGACUGCCCCUGCCCAGAGGACAUAAGGGAGGACCUGUACGACUUUCAUGAUGAACUGCGUCUGCACUGUGGAAUCCCUGUGGAAGAGGAUGAGGAAGAGCAGGACGCCUCUCUGAAGGACCGCCUGAUGGCACUGAUUUACAAGAUCAAAGGUCGCCCACAGAAAACAGCAGAGCCAACAGAGGAAACGCAGGCAGCCCCCACCAACCUGAAGGAGCUGAUCUCCCAGACGAUGGUGAGCUGGGCCCAGGAGAGCCACAUCCAGGACCCGGAGCUGGUGCGCAUGAUGUUCAGCCUGCUGCGGCGGCAGUACGACUGCGUGGGCGAGCUGCUCCACGCCAUCCGGCGCAGCUACACCAUCAGCGCCGCCUCCGUGCAGGACACCAUCAACCUGCUGGCCUCCCUGGGCCAGAUCCGCUCCCUGCUCAGCGUGCGCAUGGGCAAGGAGGAGGAGAAGCUGAUGAUUGACGGGCUGGGGGACAUUAUGAACAAUAAGGUGUUCUACCAGCACCCCAACCUGAUGCGGGUCUUGGGAAUGCAUGAGACCGUCAUGGAGGUUAUGGUCAAUGUGCUGGGAGGAGACAAGUCCCAGGUUGCUUUCCCUAAGAUGGUAGCCAGCUGCUGCAGGUUCCUGUGCUACUUCUGUCGCAUCAGUCGGCAGAACCAGAAGGCCAUGUUCGACCACCUCAGCUACCUGCUGGAGAACAGCAGCGUGGGACUGGCUUCUCCUGCUAUGAGGGGCUCCACUCCCCUGGAUGUGGCUGCAUCCUCUGUGAUGGACAACAAUGGGCUGGCCUUGGCUCUGGAGGAACCUGACCUGGAAAAGGUAGUGACAUACUUGGCUGGCUGUGGGCUCCAAGGCUGCCCCAUGCUCCUGGCUAAAGGUUACCCCGACAUCGGCUGGAACCCCAUCGAGGGGGAGCGUUACCUGUCCUUCCUCCGAUUCGCCGUCUUCGCCAACGGGGAGAGCGUGGAGGAGAACUCCAGCGUGAUGGUGAAGCUGCUGAUUCGCCGCCCUGAGUGUUUCGGCCCGGCGCUUCGAGGGGAGGGCGGGAACGGCCUGCUGGCCGCCAUGAAGGAGGCCAUCGCCAUCUCCCAGGACCCCGCCCGUGACCUGCCCAGCCCCGCCUCGCUCACCUCCACCAAAUCCAGUGGGGCGGAGGAGGAUGAAGAGGAAGAAGUGGUACACACAGGAAACGCCAUCAUGUCCUUCUACUCCGCCCUCAUCGACCUGCUGGGCCGCUGUGCCCCUGAGAUGCACCUCAUCAACACAGGCAAGGGAGAGGCCCUGAGAAUCCGUGCCAUCCUGCGCUCUCUGGUGCCCACCGAGGACCUGGUGGGCAUUAUCAGCAUACCCCUCGAAAUGCCCGUCGUGAAUAAAGACGGCACUGUGACGGAGCCCGAUAUGUCGGCCAGCUUCUGUCCGGACCACAAGGCCCCCAUGGUGCUGUUCCUGGACCGUGUGUACGGUGUGGAGGAUCAGAGCUUCCUGCUGCACCUGCUGGAGGUGGGCUUCCUGCCAGACCUGCAGGCCUCCGCCUCCCUGGACACGGAGGUGCUCAGUACCACAGAGACGGCUUUGGCCCUGAACAGGUACAUUGGUUCGGCGGUGCUGCCACUGUUGACCCGGUGUGCUGCUCAGUUUGCCGGCACAGAGCACUACGCUGCUCUCAUCGACUCCACGCUGCACACCAUCUACCGCUUGUCCAAGGGCCGCUCGCUCACCAAAGCCCAGCGCGAUGCCAUUGAAGAGUGUAUACUCGCCAUCUGCCAGCACCUGAGGCCCUCCAUGCUACAGCAGCUUCUGCGCCGCCUUGUCUUUGAUGUGCCACUGUUGACAGAGUACUGCAAGAUGCCUCUGAGGCUUUUGACCAGUCACUAUGAGCAGAACUGGAAGUACUACUGCCUGCCCUCGGGCCUGGGAGGCUAUGGCAUGCCGUCUGAGGAGGAGCUGCUCCUCACCAAGAAACUGUUCUGGGGCAUCUUGGACUCACUCUCUCAGAAGAAGUACGAUCCUGACCUUUUCAAAAUGGCCAUGGCCUGCCUCAGCGCCAUCGGAGGGGCUCUGCCACCUGACUAUGUUGACGCCUCCAUCAGCACCACCCAGGAGAACCUGGACUCCCUGGAUGCUGAGGGCAACUUUGACCCCAGGCCCAUCAACACGGCCAAUAUUUCCCUUCCAGAGAAACUGGAGAGCAUUGCCAUAAAAUACGCUGAGCAUUCCCACAACAAAUGGUGUUUAGAGAAGAUCACCCUGGGCUGGAAAUUUGGGGAAAGUUUGGAUGACAAGGACAGAACCCACCCAUUACUGAAGCCUUACAGCUCACUGUCAGAAAAGGAGCGUGAGACUUACCGCUGGCCAGUCAAAGAGUCUCUGAAGAGCAUGCUGGCCAUGGGCUGGAAUAUUGAGAGGACCAAAGAGGGCGAGGCCGUGCAACGGGAGAGUGAGAAACAGAGCAAAAUAUCCCUGUCCCCUCAGGGAAAUGGAUUCAUCCCAGACCCUCUGGACAUGAGCAAUGUGGUGCUGUCCAAAGAGCUACAGGGGAUGGUUGAAGUUGUGGCUGAAAACUACCACAACAUUUGGGCAAAGAAGAAGAAAAUGGAAUUGAGUAGCAAAGGAGGUGGGACUCACCCUCUGCUGGUGCCUUACGACACCCUGACUGCCAAAGAGAAGUCCCGCGAUCGGGAGAAGGCCCAGGAUGUCUUCCGUUUCCUGCAGGUCAACGGCUACGCUGUCACCAGAGGUCUGAAGGACAUUGAGCAGGAGGCGUCCUCCAUGGAAAAGCGGUUUGCCUACAAAUUCCUGAAGAAGCUGCUGAAAUAUGUGGACUCUGCACAGGAGUUUAUUGCCCACCUGGAGGCCGUGGCCACCAGCGGGAAGACCGACAAGUCUCCUCACGAUCAGGAGAUCAAGUUAUUCGCCAAGGUACUCCUGCCUCUCAUAGACCAGUACUUCAAGAACCACAGCCUGUACUUCCUGUCUUCUCCCAGCAACAACUUGAGCAGCAGCGGCUAUGCCUCCAACAAGGAGAAGGAGAUGGUCACCAGCCUGUUCUGUAAACUGGCAGCCCUUGUCAGACACAGGAUUUCCCUCUUUGGGAGUGACUCUGCCACCAUGGUGAGCUGUCUCCAUAUUCUGGCACACACGCUGGACACCAGGACAGUGAUGAAGUCGGGGUCAGAGCUGGUGAAGGCAGGCGUGCGCACGUUCUUCGAGAACGCAGCAGAGGACUUGCAGAAGACCCUGGAGAACCUGAAGCUGGGGAAGAUCUCGCACUCGCGGAGCCAGAUGAAGUGUGCCUCCCAGAACAUCAACUACACCACUAUGGCCCUGCUGCCCAUCCUCACCGCCCUCUUCCAACACAUCACCCAGAAUAAUUUUGGAGUGGAUCUGCUGUUGGAUGAUGUCCAGCUGUCCUGUUACCGCAUCCUCACUAGUCUGUACUCUCUGGGAACGGGAAAAAACAUCUAUGUUGAAAGGCAGCUCCCAGCUCUGGGUGAGUGUUUGGCGACGCUGGUGGGUGCCAUGCCCGUGGCGUUCCUGGAACCCCAGCUGAACAUGCACAACCCCCAGUCUCUGUUCAACACCAAGAGCCCCCGCGAGAGAGCUAUCCUCAGCAUGCCGGACACGGUGGAGGAGAUGUGCCCGGAGAUGCCGCGGCUGGACGCCCUGAUGAGGGACAUCGGCGACGUGACGGAGUCGGGCGCGCGGUACAGCGAGAUGCCGCACGUCAUCGAGGUGGUGCUGCCCAUGCUCUGCAACUACCUGUCCUACUGGUGGGCCAAGGGGCCCGAGAGCGCCGGCUGCGACUCCUCCCACUGCUGCACCACCGUCACCUCCGAGCACCUGAGCCUUAUCCUGGGGAACAUCCUCAAGAUCCUCAACAGCAACCUGGGCAUCGACUCCGCCCCCUGGAUGAAGAGGAUCGCCGUGUACGCUCAGCCCAUUAUCAGCAAGGCUCGGGCGGAUCUGCUGAAGACCCACUUCCUGCCCACUCUGGAGAAGCUGAAGAAGAAGACGGUUAAGGUGGUGGCGGAGGAGGAGCUGCUGAAGGCCGACAGCAAAGCCGACACCCAGGAGGCGGAGCUCCUGAUCCUGGACGAGUUCGCCGUGCUCUGCCGCGACCUCUACGCCUUCUACCCCAUGCUCAUCCGCUACGUGGACAACAACAGGUCCCGGUGGUUAAAGGAACCAGACGCUGAUUCCAAUGCGCUCUUCAGGAUGGUGGCAGACAUCUUCAUCCUGUGGUGUAAAUCACAUAACUUUAAAAGGGAAGAGCAAAACUUUGUGGUUCAAAAUGAAAUCAACAACCUGGCGUUCCUCACCAGCGACAGCAAGACCAAGAUGUCGAAGUCUUUUCUGACAAAGUCGGGGGGCCAGGAUAACGAGAGACGUCACAAGAAGCGGAGAGGCGAUUUCUACUCCAUCCAGACCUCCCUGAUCGUGGCGGCGCUGAAGAAGAUGCUGCCCAUCGGCCUGAACAUGUGCACCCCGGGGGACCAGGAGCUCAUCUCGCUGGCCAAAGUCCGCUACAGCCUGAAAGACACAGAUGAGGAGGUGAAAGAGCAUUUGCGUCAGAAUCUGCAUCUGCGAGAUAAGUCAGAGGACCCAGCGGUGCAGUGGCAGCUCAACCUGUACAAAGAUGUGGUGGUGAAGACCGAGGAGCCGCCUGAUCCUGAGUACAUUGUGGACCGAGUGCAGACCAUCUCCACUGCCGUUUUCCACCUGGAGCAGGUGGAGCAGCCCCUGAGGAACAAGAAGUGUGUGUGGCAGAAGCUGCUGUCCAGGCAGCGUAAACGUGCUGUGGUGGCCUGCUUCCGAAUGGCUCCGCUCUACAACCUGCCCAGGCAUCGCUCAAUUAACCUGUUCAUCCUGGGCUACCAGAAGCUCUGGAUAGAGACAGAGGCAUAUUCCUUUGAGGAAGAGCUAGUGCAGGACCUGGCAAAGGCAUGUGUCGAGGAGGAAGAAGAGGAAGAGGAAGAGUCUGAGAAACAGCCAGACCCUCUGCAUCAGCUGAUCCUGCACUUCAGUCACAACGCACUCACAGAGAGGAGCUCCCUAGAUGAAGACCCACUGUAUAUUGCAUAUGCAGACAUGAUGGCAAAGAGUUGUGGAGGGGAAGAAGAAGAGGAAGAAGAAGAGAAAGAGACUACCUUUGAGGAGAAGGAGAUGGAGAAGCAGAAGACUCUGUACCAGCAGGCUAGGCUGCAUGAGCGUGGAGCUGCAGAGAUGGUUCUGCAGAUGAUGGGUGCCAGCAAGGGGCGGCUGGGUCCCAUGGUAACCUAUACCCUCAAAUUGGGCAUCUCCAUUCUGAAUGGAGGCAAUGUGCUGGUGCAACAGAAAAUGCUGGACUAUUUGAAGGAAAAAAGGGACGCUGGCUUCUUCAAGAGCUUAUCUGGACUCAUGCAGUCCUGCAGUGUCCUGGACUUGAAUGCUUUUGAGAGGCAGAACAAAGCGGAGGGUUUGGGUAUGGUGACAGAGGAAGGAUCAGUCAACGUGAGUGAGCAGGGUUCCAAGGUCCUGCAGAAUGAUGAGUUCACGAAAGAUCUCUUUAGGUUCUUACAGCUCCUGUGUGAGGGUCACAACAGUGAUUUCCAAAACUUCCUACGCACUCAGACAGGGAACACCACCACCGUCAACAUCAUCAUUAGCACUGUGGACUAUCUGCUUCGCCUGCAGGAGUCCAUUAGUGAUUUCUACUGGUACUAUUCUGGAAAGGAAAUCAUGGAUGAGUCCGGCCAAAGGAACUUCUCUAAAGCCCUGGCUGUAGCCAAGCAGAUCUUUAACUCCUUAACAGAAUACAUCCAGGGCCCAUGCAUUGGGAACCAGCAAAGUCUGGCCCACAGCAGGUUGUGGGAUGCAGUGGUGGGAUUUCUGCAUGUGUUUGCCAAUAUGCAGAUGAAACUGUCACAGGACUCCAGGCAGAUUAAGUUGCUGAAGGAGCUGAUGGACCUACAGAAGGAUAUGGUUGUGAUGAUGCUCUCUCUCCUGGAGGGUAAUGUGGUGAAUGGGACAAUUGGCAAACAGAUGGUAGACACCCUGGUGGAAUCAUCCAACAAUGUGGAGAUGAUCUUGAAGUUCUUCGACAUGUUCCUGAAGUUGAAGGACCUGACCACUUCUGACAGUUUCAAAGAGUAUGACCCAGACAGCAAGGGGAUCAUCUCCAAGAAGGAGUUCCAGAAGUCAAUGGAGAACCAGAAGCAAUACACACAGUCUGAGAUCGAGUUCUUGCUCUGCUGCACCGAGGCUGACGAGAAUGACAUGUUCAACUAUGAGGAGUUUGUGGGGCGCUUCCAUGAGCCCGCUAAGGACAUUGGCUUCAACGUGGCUGUGCUGCUGACCAACCUGGCAGAGCACAUGCCUCACGACUCGCGGCUAGGUACCUUCCUGGACCUGGCCGAGAGCGUGCUAAACUACUUCCAGCCCUACCUGGGUCGCAUCGAGAUUAUGGGCGGUGCUAAACGCAUCGAGAGGGUCUACUUUGAGAUCAGCGAGUCGAGCCGCACCCAGUGGGAGAAGCCGCAGGUCAAGGAGUCCAAGCGGCAGUUCAUCUUCGACGUGGUGAACGAGGGCGGCGAGAGCGAGAAGAUGGAGAUGUUUGUGAACUUCUGCGAAGACACCAUCUUUGAGAUGCAGCUCGCCUCCCAGAUCUCAGAGCCCGACUCUGUGGAGCGGCCGGAGGAGGAAGAAGAGGAGACGCACAGCAUCCUGGAGGAGCUAGCCGAAGAGGAGGAGCACAGUGAGCUUGAAUCCUCCUCUGCCUUCACCAUGGCCUGCGUCUCGCUGAGGAAGAGUCUGUCCAACUUCCGCCAGCAGCUGACCUUCAAGAACCUGCGCAAACACUGCCGGAAGCUGAGGAAGAUGAGCAUCCGGGAGAUGAUCAAGGGCUUCUUCUACUUCUUCUGGGCGCUCUUCACCGGGCUCUUCAGAGGGAUUUAUGGACUGGUGUUUGGCUUCUUCCACCUGCUGUGGGCCUUCAUGUUUGGCGGAGGCCUGGUGGAGGGAGCCAAGAACAUGAAGGUGACGGACAUCCUGGGUAACAUGCCUGACCCCACACAGUUUGGAAUCCAUGGCGACACACUGGAGGUGGAGAAAUCGGAGAGCAGUGGGACGGCAGCAGCAGCAGACCUGGCACAGGCGGGCUCAGGGGACGCGGCUGUGGAGGCGGAGUUUAUGUCGGAGCUGAUGGUGCACACACACAAGAAGGAAGGGAAGCACGGCUUGGAGCCUGGCCUGGGGGAUAUCUCUGAGGGUGGGGAAGCCGCCUCAGCGUCCAGUGUGCCUCCCCGAAAGAAAAAAUCCCAGAAGCCUGAGGAGGACCACGCAGCAGAACCAGAGAAGGCAGACAUGGAGAAUGGAGAGAAGAAGGACAAGCUGAAGAAGGAAGAAGAGGUGCCAGAAGCUGAGGAGGAGAAGGAGAGGAGGCCCCCAAAGGCCAGGCAUGGGCUGAAGAAGGAAGAGGCCCCAGCCUUCAUGGCCAGCUUCUGCGCUGGAGUAGAAGUUUAUCAGACUAAAUUGCUGAACUACCUGGCCCGUAACUUCUACAACCUCCGCAUGCUGGCUUUGUUUGUCGCCUUCGCCAUCAACUUCAUCCUGCUCUUCUACAAGGUUACCGCAGAUGAGGAUGAUGAGGAAGAAGACUCCUGGAAUGGGGAUGAUGAAGACGAGGAUGAUGGUGGCAUGGAGUACUUUGUACUGCAGGAGAACACAGGCUACAUGGCACCUACUCUGUGUCUCCUGGCCAUCCUGCACACAGUCAUCUCCUUGCUGUGUGUGGUGGGGUACUACUGCCUUAAGGUGCCCCUGGUGGUGUUUAAGCGUGAGAAGGAGAUUGCCAGGAGCCUGGAGUUUGACGGCCUGUACAUCACAGAGCAACCUUCUGAUGACGAUAUAAAAGGACAGUGGAAUCGGCUGGUCAUCAACACCCCGUCCUUUCCCAACAACUACUGGGACAAAUUUGUCAAACGCAAGGUGAUUAAUAAGUAUGGGGAUCUGUAUGGAGCUGAGCGCAUUGGGGAGCUGCUGGGUCUGGAUAAGAAUGCCCUGGAUUUCAACCCCACUGAGGAGACGGUGGAGAAGGAGGCCUCUUUGGUGUCCUGGUUGAGCUCCAUGGACACCAAGUACCACAUCUGGAAAAUGGGCGUGGUCUUAACUGACAAUUCCUUCCUUUAUCUGAUCUGGUAUACCACGAUGUCCAUCUUGGGACACUACAACAACUUCUUCUUUGCUGCUCACCUGCUGGACAUUGCCAUGGGUUUCAAGACCCUGAGGACCAUUCUGUCCUCUGUUACCCACAACGGCAAACAGCUGGCGUUGACGGUGGGCCUGUUGGCUGUGGUCGUGUACCUCUACACUGUGGUGGCCUUCAAUUUCUUCCGCAAAUUUUACAACAAGAGCGAGGACGAGCAGGAGCCUGACAUGAAGUGUGAUGAUAUGAUGACUUGUUACCUAUUCCACAUGUACGUGGGCGUGCGAGCAGGGGGUGGUAUCGGUGAUGAGAUUGAAGACCCAGCGGGGGACCCUUCCGAGCUCUACCGCAUCCUCUUCGACAUCACCUUCUUCUUCUUCGUCAUUGUCAUACUGCUGGCUAUUAUUCAGGGUUUGAUCAUUGAUGCUUUUGGAGAGCUGAGAGACCAACAGGAGCAAGUGAAAGAGGACAUGGAGACAAAAUGCUUCAUCUGCGGGAUUGGUAAUGACUACUUCGACAGGAUCCCACACGGCUUUGAGACGCACACCUUACAAGAGCACAAUCUGGCCAACUAUCUAUUCUUCCUGAUGUACCUCAUUAAUAAGGAUGAGACAGAGCACACGGGACAGGAGUCAUAUGUGUGGAAGAUGUACCAGGAGCGCUGCUGGGACUUCUUCCCUGCGGGAGACUGUUUCCGGAAGCAAUACGAGGACCAGCUGGGGUAGAGGAGGGGACCCCACGCCAUCGCGAAAGAGAACUACUGACUUCAGCCUCAUCCGAACCAAACAGCUUUACUAUGGAGAAUCACGUUUUUCAUCUUAAAGGGGAGGCUAGAUGCUGUCUUCUGUACUGUGGAGAAAUGUCAUUUCAUAUCAAGAUAAACUGCUUUUCUCUCACCUGCAAUAUUAUGCCACGUGCCAAUUUACAGGAAAAGUCUUAAACCCAGAAAUCUGAAUUUACUCUCGAGUGGCGUGUUCCUCGAUAUGUUGUCUGUUCUGCACAACCCCAAACCCUUGCACACUUUUCUUCUAGAGUAUCACUGGGGUUGUGCAGGGUUUCAGAGCUGUGUGAAUCCUUAUAUGCACAAGAAUCAGAUACUCACUGAACAGUGAACACCAGGCUUAUGGAAGGAGGCCGGGUGAAUUUUUAGGAAACUAGACGUACCUGUGCACAGUGUGGACGUGUUGCUGCAUACCAUAGCCAUUUCAGCCGAGUGAUUAGGGCGGCUUACCGGGUCAAGCCUGCUACAGUGUGCCCACAAUAACAUGUCGACUAAGUGCCUUACCGCCUUACCUGUUCGCCAACAAAGCUAUGCAAACCUGUGUCCUGUCCUGUUAGCGCUGUAGUCCUGGGAUAGUGAGCCGCAGUCAUUACUUGGUUAGUUAUCAAUAGUGCGCAAACGCUUUCCGAGUUAAGUGUCUUUCCAACCGCAGCAUUUCCGCAGCAGAUCGAAUAAGCAUCAGCAAAGGACAUUACCUCACACAGUUUAUUCAAAGCCACAUGAGAACAGAGGGAAAAUGCACAUGUACGGUCACUUGUGUUUAGUUGCUUUGCCGAACUCUACAUUUCUUUGGAGGGGGAAAAAAA